AAGCAAUUCAUAAUUCCUUCCAUCAGCUACUUCUUCUGUACCGCGGACAGCUCCUGUUUCAGCACCACAGACAGCGCCUGUUUCAGCACCACAGACAGCGCCUGUUUCAGGACCACAGACAGCACCAGCUUCAGCACCACUAACAGCACAUUAUACACAGAUAUAAUGGAAGGGGUUUUGCUCUUCUGGAAGUACCGCGCCCUCUUCUUUCUUGUACUCUGCAGCCUGGUCCUCUGCAAGGUGCACUUAUCACAGGCUUCCCCUGCCUCCCAACAACACAACGAUGCGGCUUCUCUAUCCAAAAUCUACCCGAGGGGCAGUCACUGGGCUGUGGGGCAUCUCAUGGGUAAAAAGAGUAUAGAGGAAUAUCCUUAUGCGUAUGAUGAAGCAGACAGGUCCUCAGCCGCAGUCUUCUCUGAAGGAGACAAGCCAUCAGAUGGAUACCAGCAGUGGAAAGAGUCACUUCUAAAUUUGUUAAAGAUGAUAGAAGUAAACGAAUACAGAAAUAGUAAAGCAAUGAGAGAAGCCUCAGUGUACAAUAAGAAGUUCUCGGGUGCUGAGGAUAAUAAUUUGAAAGAGAUGUUGGAUUACCUGUAUCAAAUGAUGAAUAUGAAGGAAAAUACGUCAAGCUGAACGAUAAUCAUUCACUUGGGAAAGAAGGCAUGGAUUUUAUCUUUGAAAGGCUAUUUCACGAGCAUUUGAUUGUACCAGAUAACAGAUUUUAUUUAUGUAAACUAUACUUAUUUUGUGUAAAUUAAAUGAGUUUUCUUGUUCCAAUCUUACUAAAAUUCCAUGUUUUUAAAGCAAGAUCUUGAUCUGCUUUCUUGUAAAUAAUUGUCAAGGAAGGGUCUUCCAAUUACAUAAUUAAAUUUCAGCACCACUUAUAAUUUCAUCUGUUUAGUUAGUAGACACAAAAUAUUUUAACAUACACAAUAAAUAUUCAAAUAAAA